AUGACGAAACCUAAACAUAAAAUAGAUGAAAGACAAAACCCUGAUGGAGCUAUAGUUCAGAAUGUGCCUAGUCCAGCCCAACCCGUAAAUUUCAAGCUUGUAAUUAAUUGUGCUGGUUAUGA